GACACAACCAAUCGGUAUGCUGUGGAGAACAUCUCAGUGAGCAGGAGAGAUGUUGCUGUAAUGUAAAAUAAGGUAGCCGUGAUUGAUUUGAGCCAGCGUCGGUAUUUCUGGGGGUGGAAAUGGUGGUGAUAAGUGAUUUUCGGGGAUAAGUGAAGCAUCCAGAAGCGGUCCUCAUCAUGGUGUCGUGGAUCAUAUCCAGGAUGGUGGUCCUGGCCUUCGGGACCCUCUACCCGGCCUACUCUUCCUAUAAGGCAGUCAAGACGAAAAAUGUCAAGGAAUAUGUCAAAUGGAUGAUGUACUGGAUAGUGUUUGCGCUAUUCACCACAGCAGAGACGAUCACGGAUAUGCUUCUAUCCUGGUUUCCAUUUUAUUUCGAGCUGAAGAUUGCAUUUGUCAUCUGGCUGCUGUCACCGUACACAAAGGGCUCCAGUGUCCUGUACCGCAAGUUUGUGCACCCCAUGCUGUCCAACAAAGAAAAGGAGAUUGAUGAGUAUAUCACCCAAGCGAAGGACCGUAGUUAUGAGACGAUGAUGCGCUUUGGAAAGAGGGGGUUGAAUAUUGCUGCCACAGCAGCAGUCACUGCAGCCGCCAAGGGUCAGGGUGUGUUGUCGGAGAAGCUGCGCAGUUUCAGUCUGCAGGAUCUGACGCUCAUUCAGAACGAGGAGGAGCUGAUGGAUGAUGAUACACACACUGCUGCUACACUGCCCCGUGCUAAAACACGUACAGUACGGCCCACAUCCAUAUCGACAGACACCGAAUCACAGCUCAGUUCCCGGUCUGACAUCGACCAAUCAGAUGGCAGGAUGGAGCACUCGGAUGAGGAUGUUGCCGACAAAGUGCCCAAGCGAACGGCCAGCAUGAGAGCAGCGAAGAAACCAGCCGCUGCUAAGACAGAGACAGUUAAGACAGUAAAGAAGCAGCCAAAGAAGAAGAACCCCACCGUGACCAGUAAUAACGCUGAGACGCCACCUUGAGAUCCCAGCCAAGGCCGCACGUACACACACAAACGCGCACACACACACAUUAUAAACACUUACUAUAAACACUAAUACAUUCGGAGAUGGUAUGUGACCCACACACACACACAGUCUCACACACGGUCUCACUCGCACUCAGCAAGGUCAUUGUUGCUUAUUAUAGAUAAUUUUCCAGCUUCUGUAUUGGUUAAAAAUGCUGUAAAGUGUGCGUGCGAGCGAUUUCUCACCACUCAUAACGUCCUCUGUAGUGCCGUUCCUCCCAGUAUCCUUACACACUUCAUCCACUUCCUCACGGCUCCUUUAUGUUUUAGGACAUCGUGUCUUCCUGUCACUGUUCCUUUUUUAAGCAUGUAGGACAUACCGUGUGGGACUUGCAGUCAGGGAAAAAACCCCAAAAAAAAACAAUAGUGUGAGACAUGGAAGGAUGGACUCACAGCCUAUUGGCUUAGCUCUCGGAGACUCUCGCAUGCAAGCAUAAUGAGUCGAUUGAAAGUAAGUGGUGGAUUUCAGGGCUGCAAGCACAGCUCUGUCUUCGCUUCAUACCACAGAACAUUAAUCACCGUCGGCUCUGAAAGGUUUGCGCUUCUGUUUCUCCGAAAAGCUCUUGCUGUUAAUGAGGGCUUUACUGGAAAUGUUGCUGGAAACAGUCAGGCUUCACUUCAUGUCUGUCUUCCCAAUGAGCAGCAAUUCAUUAAGGCAAUAGCCAUCUCAUUCGAUUUAUAUUACUGUUGUAAUGAGAGGAAUUUUGAAGGCUUAUAACAGACAUGCAGAACUAGGACAGGAAACAUGAUGACAAUAUGUCACUACAGAGAAUUCCAUGUUUUUUAUUUUCGAUAUCAGUAUUAACCUAUAUCUCACUACGAGAUGUGAUAUCAUGAAGGUCUUCACGCCUUGAUGUAUCCGAUUCAUCUCUCUCUCUCUCUCUCUCUCUCCAAGCUGAUACUGAUGCCUGAUACCAAUGCCUAUUGACAAUACUCAAGGCUUUCGUGUCUCAUUAAAUGUCUCGUUCUUUAGAGUUAAAAGUUAGAACAAAAGCAACAGUAUGACCAUAUAAAACAAAGUCUAAUGUAGGAUGGAGGCCACAGACACAGAGAAACAUAAGGACACAUGGACCGAAAGAGAGACACCGAGACAAAGACACAGACAAAACCGACCGACUGACAGAAAGAAAGAGACAAAGGCGCAGACUGGCAGAGAUACGAUGACAAACAGGACACACAGACACGUAGAAUGAGACAGAGACACAUAAAUGACCAUGAUAGACACACAGACUGAAAGAAACAGACGUGGACAAUCAGGGAAGACGCACAAACAGGCAUAAAUACCCGUACAGACACGUCAAUGGAGUCUUAGUAUUAGACUACACUUUUCUGAGACUGAUGCGUAUCCUGGCGUGGUUUAUCUUGAUAUCGGUAUCUUCUUGUCGCAUCGUUUCGUUCACUCCUUGAAGACGACACUCAGUUUGUGUUUCGUGGCAUCGGGUAAAUACUGUGUCACAUCCGAGUUGCUGGUAAAAGCAUGCGUUUGCAUAUUAAACUAGGGCCUUUUAGUUGUUUUAUUUCUUUUUAAUGAACUGUGAGCUUGAUGUGUGCGACUCAAUCCUGUGCCCAGCUGAGUUGAAAUAUUUAAUCAGAUGUAGGACCGUUUACAGCAUGCCAUGGUGUGUGUUACUGGGUGUGCUGAGAUUUUUAUUUAUUUUUCUUCUUUGGUGAUUAAAUGCUAGUAAUGGAAACAGCAUUGCUGAUGACUGACUAACUAGUUCCAGUCUGGAGUCUAACUCAGUCUUUCCUGCUCAUUAUGGCUCCGGACCAUGAUGAACAAGCUAGGAACGAAUUAGUUUUCUCCUUAAUAGUCGUGUAUCUUUUUACAGUCACCCUUCGGCUGAUUGAUUUUUUUUUUUUUUUUUUUUUUUUUUUUUAGGAGUAAAGGAAAGUCUGCCUGCUGAUUAUUUUUUUGUGCACUACAGCCUUUGACAGUGAGUUUUAUUGCCUCCAUUUUAAAUGGCACCUAAAUUCGCCACAGGCAGGAUUCUGUCAACUCGGCUUGAGAGCCGAUGCCUAAAUGUAGAUGAGGAGCUGUUUUGCCUCUUAGCAGAUGGUGUAGAUACUGAUUUCGGAUCAGUUGUGUUGGAUCAGCCUCCAGCUGUGAUGUCAGGAUCGAUUAGGUUUCCAGUCGAGUUAAACGAGCCGUGCCGUUUCUACAGACAGCCAACAGCAGGCGCUAAAGAUCCACCGAAAUAAAAUGAAACCGGCCGGCUCUGAAAGUUAUAAUUUGUUUCCUGGAUGGGCUCAUGAGCUAAAACUAUAAUUAAUGCCAACUUUCUUUCUCUAGGAAUAAUAAUAAUAAUAAUAAUGAACAAUAUCCAGGUUCUUAUUGAAUAGUUGUAUUAUUUAAAUCUGCACUGGAAUUUAUUUUACACUGCUCUAAUUCUAUAUUAUCAUGCUCAGACAGCUGGACAGUCUACUGAAAACUGUUAAAAUGUAAAUAUUAGAAAAUUGUACAGAACGAGCUUGCUUGCCUUACGGUACCCCCCCCCCCUUUGGUCUGUUAUCAUCAUUUGUGAUUAUUUCUCGCUUUUAUGGUAAGGAAAGGACUGUAAAUAUCGAGCGACUGUUUUUAAUCCGAAUCCGUUCUCAUUUCUUUUGUUAGCUCUCGGUCGUAAGAAAGACGAGAGGCUAUUUUGAGAAAAUGUUCAUGGCUUUUCUUUUCGCUAAUUCCCACUUGGUUCAGAGAUGCUCUGCGAAACGUAUGAAACAUUACGUUUCGUUCUGAAUUCUGCCAUCCUCUCUUCUCUCAUUUUUGGGCACUGAGAGAGAAAAUAAAUCUGAUAAUCGUAUGCGCAGGUAUUGUGAUGCCAGUUAAUUUCAUAUUCAAACCAUUCUUUCUUUUGUGUUUAUUUUAUUUUAAUUUCUUUUUAUUAAAAGGGAAUAUUUCCUGCAUAAUGUUUGCCAUCAGUAUUCUUGUGCAUAGGACUUUAUAUAGUGAGACAAUAUCCAGCACUAAUAUAUUGUUUGUGCCAAUCGUCAAAUACUCCACUGUAAUAAGAAUGAGGCAGAACUGGUCAUGUAGAAAGGAUUGCUGCUUUCUGUACUGAAAUAAAAAGAUGAUUAAAGCAC